AUGGGCGUGUUUCUUUCUUACACAAGUACAGAAAGAUACCGUCAGAAGUUAAUUGCCGAAAGGGAGCGCUGCGGUCCUUGGCAGCACACUAAAUUCGAUGAAGUGAUAAUGCCGGUACUUCAAUUCGACAAUUGGGACAUAAAGCCAUUGCACGCCGUCAAGGUUGAUGGGAACUCUAUGCCAAAGGUGAAUGGGUCGCUACUACAGAGAGUGGUUCCAGGACAGAAAAGAAGACGGGAGAAUAUCGCCGAACACAGCACGAAACGCCCCCGACUGGAUUCUUGGAAGAGUGUGCGUGGGCUGGGAUGUCGUGAUGCCUUCAUUAAUAGAUUCUCUAGCGUAGAGAACACUAUGCUUGUAAAGCAGUUCUCCGACAUCGCAUUUGGUCUCACCGCUCUGUUCAGGGGUCAAUUGGUGGGCCGGAAAGAAUCAAACAACAGCGAAUAUAACAGUCAGACAAUUGCGGACAUGACCUUCGGUGUGCAUGGUGCUCCUUUGAAUUUUCGCACCCUACUCCUUUCUGCUUUUAAACCACACGGAGGGAAAGACCCCUCGGAUGAGUCUCUGUACGAUGAACAGGUUGUUUAUGUCGAAAUCAGUCGUGACAGCGCAGCUGAUAUUAUUACUGUGCGCAGAUUCAUUAACCUUGUUAAGGAGCAAAUUCGUCCAGGACACCCUGGUCGUCCUAGAUACGUUGUUCUGGCAGGUGAUCAGCCCUCUUACAAAAUGUUCUGCAAUUUGUGGCUGGACUCCUGGCGGGAAAGCCGACAGGGAGGUGAGGGCGUGGGGGGUGCAGCUCAUACAUCUUCGAACUGCAACCUGCCGCUCCAUGAAUGGUUCAUUCCCUUUUCUGGUUUCUUUCACGCAGAAAAACAGAUUAUGUAUUCGUUGAGCAAGGAGAUGGUGGACGGUCUCGGUCUGGAAGAGUUAGCGGCGUGCGCGGGACUAUCGCCAUCUCAUGUGUCCAAUAUUCUAACUCAUUCCCAUGCACGAAACAACAGAGCCGUACUAUUCAAUCUGGCUUGUGCGAUCAUUAUUCGUCUCAUCGAUAUGGCAGUGGCAGAGGAUGCGUCUGUGCGAGAAAAGGUUAUCAAUUUGCACAGCAUAUCUUCCUAA